CCCUGGUGGCGCUGAGCGCGGUGGUGUGGCUCAGCAGAGCCGGGCAGAUGAAGAACGCGUGCUCCAUCUGGGCCGGCUCCUUGGCAAUGUUAUGUGGAAUCUUAGGGUUGACAUCAUGGAAGACAACAGUGAUGAUUUUGAAUAAACUGCUUAUUCUGCUGUCUAUCACCUGUGUUCUGCUGAGCUUGGCUGGACUUGUAUUAGGAUGUCAAGACAUUGAGGUUUUGUCCAGAGUACCCAGAUGCAACUUGAUGGAUAAGGAAAACAAGACCUGUUUCAGCUGUGAAGAAAUUAAUCUCACUAAAUGCACAGAAGUAGAGACUGUACUGAAGGCAUACUGUGUGAAGUCAUGCAGUUCUGCUCACCUUCAUCUCAAGAAAGUUCUCUUAGGUCUUUGUGCCCUGAAUGCUCUCACCACUACAGUUUGCUUGACAGCAGUUGCCCUGCAUUUCUGGCAGAUAUUUGAAUCAAGAAGAUCCUGCCUAGGUGAACUUCAGACUGAAGACCAAGAUGACAGUUUGGAUCCUGAUGGUUUUGUCCCACUGGUGCCACCUCCCUCCUAUUUUGCAGCUUGUAAUUCUGGUCCUCCCCAAACAAGUCACAGGACACCUGGGCUUUCGUUGCCCCAUGCUUAUGCAAUGCGAAUCAAUGGUGCUGAAGUGUUCUUCCGUCUGGAACCACCUCCUCCUUAUGAAGAUGUGCAGAGCUCGAACACCUCUGAGCAGGGAGAUGCACUACAAAUAAAUGUAAUGAACUCCGUUGAUUUGGUGGAAGUGAGUGAAGGGCAGGACUCUCAAGGUGAUGGCACCUGCCUAGGAGGCCAUGUCAUUGAGAGUCCAUGUGUUACCUUUCAGCUGGCGUCCUGGAGAGGACCUGACUACUUUUACCACAGAUGAAGAUCAGCUAGCAGAGAGAAGGAUUUAAGGAGCAGAACAUGAAUGGCCUCACAGUCUUAUUAGUGUUGUCUGGGAAAAUGUACUUAAAGUACUGUUUAAAACUGGUUUCUGGUUAUUCCUGAGCAGAGCACUUCUGUCAGACAUAUACACACUGCACAGGAAAAUCAUGUCUGACAAGAAGUGGAAAAGUGUGUCAAUAAUCUUACUUUUUUAAUACUCUGAUACACAGACAAGGCGUAUUAAGCAGAUCGCAAGCUGACCUUUACUAGGCUCUCAGUUGCAUAGUGUGAUACGUUGCUGUCCUGUUGCAUCUCUUUGAAGUUUGGUAACAUGCAGUUUUGGGGUAUACAUCAUUCUUGUGGAAGGAGUUGUCAAAAGCAGUAUCAAAGAACUUUGCUUAUUAUCAGAACUUUUGUUUGUAUUAAAAACUCCAGUCACAAAAGUAGACUUCAAGAUACUACGUAAGUUAGUAAAAAAAAUUGUGUUCAGAAUUUUAAAAUUAUUCUUUAUAAAAGAUGGUGUUGGUUUGCAAACUGAAAAUAUAAAGAAGUGCUCUUUUGGCUCAGUGAACUUCUCACUUAAUGGCAGAAUAUUAUUCUUGUCUUACUGACACAACAAAAACCAAAACCAAACCUCCAAAGCCACAGGUGUUUUUCAACAUGAGGUGCUGGCUUGUUACCAUC